AUGGAAUCCAGUACAAACCCAAAUCCCGCUGCAUUGGCCCUACAAAUUCAGUCGCUAUCAGCCAUUGUGGAAGAACUCACCAGACAGAACCAAGAGAUGAAGCAACGGUUGCUACAUGAAAGUAAUCGUGCAGACAUGGGCGACGACGAAGACAGCAACAGAAGGCGAACUAGCACUCCAGAAGAGGAGUGCCCAGUACCCUCCAAGUUCCGUCUACCCCAACUAGAACCCUUUGAUGGGCUAAAAGAUCCCUUGGAUCACCUGAAUACCUUCAGGACGACCCUAGGCCUUCAACAGCCACCUGAUGAGAUUUUGUGUCACUCCUUCCCUACAACUCUCAAAGGAGCAGCUAAGGAGUGGUUCAACAAGUUGCCAACAUCGUCCAUCGAUAACUUCGAACAGUUAAGCAGUUCCUUUGUUUGUCAUUUCGUAGGCGGGCAGCGUCCAAAAAGGACUGUCGACUAUCUGCUUACCAUCAGACAAGGAGAGAAGGAACCAUUGAGGUCUUAUGUGACACGUUUCACCCGAGGAAUGCUGGAAGUAGACGAGGCGGAUGACAAGGUACAUCUCACGACCUUCAAAGCAGGGUUGAAGUCCAGAGAUUUUGUGGCAUCUUUGGCAAAGAACCCUCCUAAGACAAUGGCCGAGGCACUGUUGAAAGCACAGAAGUAUAUGAACGCGGAAGAAGCCCUAGCAGCCAUUGACGGAGUAAAAAAGAACAAGGAAAAGAAGAAGGAAAAGGAGGACAAUCGACGAGGGCAAAAAAGGGAUCGGGCUGAUCGACAGAAUGACGAUGGAAAUAGGCGAAGGGAGGACAAGAACCCUCGUUCAGUGAAAUUCACACCACUGAUAAUGCCCGUUGACCAGAUUCUAACGAAGAUAAGGGACGAACCGUCUCUUAAGUGGCCAAGACCACUCCAUUCAGCGCUUGGCUUACGCGAUAAGAGGAAAUACUGUCGCUUCCACAAAGAUCAUGGGCAUUACACGGAGGAUUGCAAGGACCUGAAAGAACAGAUUGAAGAGCUCAUCCGUAAUGGGAAACUACAACAGUAUAUAAAAAAGGGAGAAUCCGGCAGGUAUGGACAGAAAAGCCAGCAAGUUAGUUUAGGGAGAGACGAAGACCGCCCCCAACCUUGUCCACAAAGCGCACUGGGGGAGAUAAAAACUAUCACCGAAGGACCGACCACUGGGGGAUCAUUCAAAUCCCUCAGGAAAUCAUACCAAAGGCAAGUAAACAGUGUCCAUAGUAUACCCCCGUUGAAGCAAAAACGAACCAAUGGAGACUUGUACUUCUCUAAAGAAGAUGCCAGAAGUGUAAAGCAACCUCAUGAUGACCCACUCGUCAUUAUGAUCAUGAUCGAGGGGUUCAACAUGCGAAGAGUCCUAGUCGACAGUGGAAGCUUAGCCGACAUAAUCUAUCUUCCUGCCUACUAG